GUGAAUGUCGCCUGGGUGACUUUAGUCUCCUGUAUAUGUACCAGGAAGUCGAUUCUUUACGCUGUUGGGCUGUGCUUGUGUGAAAGACUCUCUCCCUCUGCAUGCUGUAGAUGCGAGGUCUGUUUUUUCUGGAAUGGCACUUUAAUUUCACACAGCAUGGCUACUAAAGAAGAGCUGUACACCAAAGUUGUACCCAGAAAGAAUCGGCAGAACCGACCUGGGACCGUCAAACAUGGGUCAACUCUGGAGGUUUUCUUAUCAAUGGGAUUCCCUAAAGCCCGAGCACUAAAGGCGUUAGCAUCCACGGGCGGGAAGAGUGUCCAGGCAGCUUGUGAUUGGCUGCUUUCACAUGUGGAUGACCCCUUCCUGGACGAUCCUCUUCCUCGGGAAUAUGUUCUUUACCUGCGCCCCACUGGACCUUUGGCCAAUAAGCUCUUUGAGUACUGGCAUCAAUCUCGACAAGUGUGCGGCAAAAACAAGGCUCACAACAUCUUCCCUCAUAUCACCCUUUGCCAGUUCUUCAUGUGCGAGGACAGUAAAGUGGAAGGUCUCUGUGAAGCCUUGCAGAACACAGUGAGCCGGUGGAAAGAGACCUUCCCUCUUCCCCUUCCCCUGGAGCUGUACACUUCGUCAAACUUUAUCGGCCUUUUUGUGGAGGAACAGAGCGCAGAAAUUAUCAAGAAAUUUGCUGCAGAUUUUGCAUCAGAAGCUACAAGUAAAGCAGACGUCCGAGUGGAACCCCACAAGAAGCAGCUCCAUGUCACGCUUGCAUAUCAUUUCCAGCCCAGUCACCAGACUGCAUUGGAGAAACUGGCUCGUGGCGUAGACCUAAAUUUGGGCUGUGAUUGGGUGGCUGCUGUUUAUUCUCGUGAUAUCCGAUUUGCUAACCAUGAGACUCUGCGAGUGAUGUACCCAUACACACCCCAGAAUGACGAUGAGUUGGAAUUGGUGCAAGGCGAUUAUAUAUUUAUGUCUCCACUUGAACAAAGCAGCACCAGCGAGGGCUGGAUCUAUGGCACCUCCCUGGCAACGGGCUGCUCAGGGCUGCUUCCAGAGAAUUACAUAGCCAAAGCAGAUGAAUGUGAUACAUGGGUCUUCCAUGGAUCUAAUUCGUUUCUAGCUGCGACCGCCUCCGCUGGCGCCAGCCUAUGUGAUGGGCCUUUCCGGAGGAGAUGCCAGGAGGAGCAGGGGCCGGGUGAGGCUCUGUCAUUGCCGUCCAGCGUCAUCUGUCAACCGGUGGCGAUGGUAUCCCAGAACUCCCGGUCCGGUCCGCAGAAGCGGGACCUGUACGUUUGCCGACAUGGGGAGAGGAUGGAUGUGGUCUUUGGAAAACACUGGCUUACUCAGUGCUUCGAUGCAAAAGGUAAUUACAUAAGGUCCAAUUUGAACAUGCCACCAAUUCUGCCUCAGAGAAGCGGGGGAUACAGGGACUAUGAGAAAGACGCUCCCAUCACAGUGUUUGGCUGCGCACAGGCUAGGCUUGUUGGAGAGGCUCUGCUUGAGAGUAAAUCAGUCAUUGAUUAUGUGUACUGUUCACCCUCACUACGCUGUGUGCAAACGGCAUUCAACAUACUGAAAGGACUUCAGCAGGAAAAUCAUAUAAAAGUUCGGGUGGAGCCUGGGCUGUUUGAGUGGACUAAGUGGGUCUCUGGGAAUACCUUGCCGGCCUGGAUGUCAACAGAGGAGCUUGCAGCAGCAAACCUGGGGACUGACACAUCCUACAGACCUCAUUUUCCGGCGAGCAAACUAGGGAUUUCAGAAUCCUAUGAGACGUACAUUAGCAGGAGUUGCCAGGUGAUGAGGGAUAUCCUGGCUGAAUGUAAAGUCAAAGGUAACAGUGUUCUGAUUGUAGCACACGCCUCCUCCCUUGAGGCUUGCACUCGGCAGCUCCAGGGUCUUUCCGCGCGCAAUUCUAAGGACUUUGUUCAGGUGGUUCGAAAGAUCCCGUAUUUAGGAUUCUGCGCCUGUGAAGAGUUAGAAGACGCGGGUAUAUGGCAACUGGUAGAUCCUCCCAUCCUACCCCUCACCCAUGGCCCCAAUCACAGUUUUAGCUGGAGAGACAUCUUAUACCAAGACUGAAAAAAAAGGAAAAGAAGCCCAUCCAUCACUGGAAGAUAGAGCCAUUAAUAGCAUGUGCUUCCAUUUACUAUUUCAUCUCCUUUCCACAUACUCUGUACGAGCAGGUUCAUUCCACUGCCACGCUCGGUAUAUUGUGUGAUUCAGCAACCAACUGGUGCCCUGUAGCUUUAAUUAUUUGACUAUCUUAUAUGCCUGUACAAUACUUUGUUUUGACAGGACUGUUUAUUUUUCAUCUGAUUGUCUGAAGUAGAUUAUGAAUGAUUUAUGUUAUUACAGGGCCAAAUAUAUUUAGGUCAGGACAAGAUAAAGUUCUGAGGCCUGGUUUGAAUGGAACUUGAGUGAAUUUCAGAGAAUCUAAAUGUAGUUGAGGGACCUUGUGGUUGCUGUAGGUCUACGAUAUAUUUUUGAAAAGUACGUGACACAGUUUCGCUAGGACCUGUGGUGUACUGGAGCAAUAACUGGAGCAUGGGAUUCUAUAUAAUGUGCUUCAUAAGCAAAGAUGGAUGACUUGAAAUUUUUUUUGGAGCAAAGCUAACUAGGAUUCCUGCUCUAUUUAAAUGGAAUAAUGGGACUUUGCUUAUCUCAGAUUCUUGGGACAGUCAAGUGAUAUUAUUUUUUCCUUCCCUGUUCUAUUUAACUGAAGCCAAAUAACAAAAUGAAUUUUAAAUUAAAGCCAAAGGAAUGGCUCAUGAGGUAUUGCUGAAAUGAAGUCCGUGAUCAGAUAUUUAAAUAUAUUAAAAUACACUGAACUUCGAUCCUUCGUUACCAGAGUAAUUGAGAAGAGGCCCUAUUUAUUGCAUGUAUUGUUAGAGGGAUCUACUUUAGGUGAUUAUCCCGAAAACACAAUUAUAUGAAAUCUAGUCAGGGAUAUGGAUACAUAGCCUGGCAAUACAGAAUUCUUAAUUCUGAACUCCAAGCAGGGAGGCUGCCAAGGGACUGUGGCUACAAUACUGAUAGCCCUGAUUCUCCAAUCGGUGCUCUGUGCAAGUAGGAGUCCAUGCUGGGAGUAUGGGAUCGUGGAAUCUUAUGAGUUCGCAUAUUAGGGGUGGGGUAUAACUGAGGGAAACCUUGAACAUGAUGCAGUAUCUGUUUCUCUUCAUAGUCAGUCCCUAAUUCCACUAUUUAAAUGUAGGCUUGAUCCUUCCCCGUCCAUUAAGCAGUGGCCUUUAUUGUGAACAUGUUCACUUUUCUUGCACUAAUCCUCACAGUGUAAUUUAAGACAGGAAUGUCAUAGAUGUGAGCCUUAUAAUGAGGGUGUGUUGAAUCAGCUGAGUGCUAUUUAAAUGUGGUUCCUCUCUACCUGAAGCAAACUGGAGAGAGAACUAUUUAUUUCCUCUAUAUUUUGUUUUCUUAUUUUUCCUUGGAUAAGCUUUUAGAACAGAAAGUUCACAUUUUCAAAAUCUAAGUCUUCUCUAAAAUCUACAUGCUAUAUCCAGAAAUUCUUUCCAUGUUUUGGUAAAAUAGCCAAAGUUAGUUUGUGCUAGGACUAAUUUGAAGUUUCUCCGCUGUAUUUAUCCAUUUUCUGUGUUCCAUGGGACACUUCGAAACCAAUGAGGUAUUUUAAUGGAAGGUCAACCUUUUCUGACCAAUCUCGAUUUCUAAUGAACAGCUUUUUUUUUCUCAGGACAGAGAUCUUCAGCCUGAUAUGUUUCUCACCAGAAAGGGUUUUCAAUCUCCAGCACAUUAUCACCUGGGGAAAGAGUGAAAAUCACAACACUCGUGGUUCCAAUUUCAAAUACUGCCUGAACCCUCACCUAGAAGGUUGUUCUCUGCAGUGCUACUCAAGAAACCCAAAGGUUAAAAAUAGAAAAUCUAAUUUUUUUGUUUGUUUUGUGGAUGUGGGUGAGAUGGAGAUAAACCUGUCAUCUCUUUAAAAUUUCCAGUCAGCCUUUUUGACUUCAGUCCAAAACUGGAUGUUAAAUUGUUGAGAUUUUUGACUGUAAUGUAAGUGUUUUCAUUCAUCACAAAGUCUUCUGGUGUUUAGAGUCUGCAGGCCAUACCCAUUUCAGCAGUAAGAAGAAUAUUUGCCCACUAUUUUUACCAGAACUAUGCCCUGGUAGUUCCUUCACAUCACAUUCUGUUAGGGGAUAGUCAAAUCAAAAACAAGACUUUACUGAAUCUUCUGUAUUAUGUGUUUGUGGAUAGCAAUCAGGAGCAGGAUCCCUAACCAACUUCACACUUUCAAUGGCCAAGGGCAAUGAGGCCAGUUCUAGCCACCCAUCUUCACUGUUGCCCAGUUCACAUUAGAUAUCUUAGAAUGGGUCCAAGGAUCCAACGUGGGACUUCUGUAGUAUAUGUGGAACAGCAACUUACUGUACAAAUUUGCCUAACUAUUGAAAGAGAAACAUUUGGAAUUUCUGAAGUUAAUUGUUUCAUAUUGUGCAUGUCCCCUCCCUCUGCCAGCCCACCCCCUCGGUCCCCAUCCCUUUUCCUUUCACACACACACACACACACACACACACACACGGACGCACGCACAGUAACUCAUUAAUUUUAAGCAGACGGGAUUUACUGAAAGAAUGAAAAUUGCAAGCUGAUUCAGACUGAAGGGCAUUAUAAUCAUGUAAGGGUGUACACACUGGGCCCAUCUCCCAAAAAGCCGCGUGCCACCUGAGCAAGAAGAAAGGAUCACUCAAUAUUCACAGACCAUGGUGCCAAACACUCCAUGCCACAGAUUCUUUUACCUUUCUUCAUUCAAAUUAUGCCUAGGUGGUUCCUUUUACAGCACCUGCUGUGAUAGAAUUAUUUUUAAAGAUGUAUUAUUUUAAACACAUGCUGUGUUUUCAGCUGCUUAGGCCCUCAGCCUUGAAAUUCCCUCCUGAACCUUUUUCCUCCUUUUUUAUGAUCGUUAAAACCUCCCUCUUUGACCAAGCUUUUGGCCAUCAGUCCUCAUACCUCCUUAUGUGGCUCAGUGUCAAACUAAAGCUAAAGGCACGAUAUAAAUGCAAGUUGUUGAAAGAAAUUUCAGUUGCAUUACAUUAAUGUCAGAAGUUUAAUAAUGACUGUGCUGCCCUCACUGUGAAUGUUCUAUCUCUUUAAAGGACAAUCUGGACUUUCCUAGGUUUAUAAACAGUGCUACACAUAUUGAUGUCUUUGCAUCACCAAUAAAGUCCAUCCAGAUUUUUUUAAAAAAUGGAUUAACUUUCCCUUUUUAAUCGCAUGGCUAUAUCCAAAUGACAAAAUGAUGGGCAUGUGAAUGCGGGCUGUUUCUGGGACUCAGUAAUUUAGCCUUUUCCAAAAUUUCCUUCCAGAAUCUUGGCACCAUUUUGUGUGUAAUUCUUUUCCUAUCUCUGACGAGAUGCCUGCAGAAAUGAAGAUGGAGAAGAAGAUUUAUGUGUGCUGUGUAGAAAAUGAUAAAUAGACUCCUUAUAAACUAGUUUAUGAUACUUUUGUACGCAAUGCAUAGCAAAAUCCUCUGUAUUUGGGGGCAUUUAUAACCUAACCCGCCCAUGGGGAAUCUGACUAGAUUGGGUGCAUUGCUGGUUUUGUAUCCUGACUAAUUUACUGCAAAUUGAAGAUAACAGUAAGCAAUAUUGGACAGGGUAUAGAAACAGUGAUGCACCCAAUCCUAUGUGUUUCCACCUGACAAGGUAGUAAAAUGCCUGUGUUCCAACAUCAUUCUUUUUCCAAUCCAACCAGCUUCCAAGGGGGCGAGGAUUUCUUCAUUGUGAAGGCUGUCAUCAAUUAGGGCGGGAUUUUCCGGCCCCACCCACUGCAGGGAUCAUCAUGCCCCUCCAAAAGUCAAUGGGCUUUUGGCUGGUCUCCCACAUUUGCCGCGGUGGGACCGAAAAUCCCGGCCUAGGUGAAGUGACAUUGGUCAGUAUGUUGGAUGCCUCAUUGAAAUGAACGUGUGGAAAGCAUAGCCAUUUCCAAUUUGAAAACCUCUGUGGAGUCAUCAAAUUUCUAGUUCAGUACUGUAGUGUUCAUUUAGGUUAUACCACUGUACUAAAUCAAGUUGAUCUGAUUAAAAGGAAAUCAUGCAGUUUUAGUGAAUCACAGAGGACUUGACUGUUCCUUGAGUGUUCACCUGUGCAGCCCAGUUUGACUGUUUUUAACCUCACAAAGGUUUUGCCUUCACCUAAUAGUUAUAUGCUUAUUUUGUUUCUAUCUGCAUGAUUUCAUAGCUUUUUGUGCUUUUUAAUUAUUUAUAUUUAUUCAACUCUUUGUCGGCAUGUUCUAAACGAUGAACUGAUAUGCAAGUUCAUUUCUUUCAGCACAUUUGUGAUAACUUGCUUCUGCUGCUUACAGCAAGAUUGGUCCGUCUGCUGAAUUUUCAAAAGCCCUGAGGAAAUCGGUGCACACUACAGGCCCAAUAGAGCCCAGUAAUGCAAUGCAAUGAUAAAUGGGGAGAGGGGUGCUCGUGGAUGAUUCUUGAACUCAGCUCAAAAGCUGGUAUUAGCUCAGGAAUUGGUGGGAUUCUGUUUGUCACUGUUUCUUGUUGCAUUUUUUUCUGUUGCCAUCUGCUGAAGAACAAAUGGAGCAUCCAAUAUUGCACAAUGAUUCAUUGUACAAACACAGCCAAGUGCAGUCAAAUAAAUAUUUCUUCCUUUAUGAUCUAGAGAUGGGUAUUAGUUACCCAGAUUCAUCUAAAGGAAGAGCUAAAACACAGAAAGAUGUCUAUUGUUUUAUGAAAAGAUUCUGAGGGAGGAGUGAAAUUCAAUUUGGAUGUGGAUACAAAAUGAACAAUACUGCAUCUCCUGCCAGUUAUGCUACUGGUUUGCUGUUAAGUUCUAUUUGGGCAUGUAACUGAUGGUAGAUGUGAUGCCACCAAUUUUGCAUCCUCACCCAAGUUGAGUUUCACCCCGAGUUUUCUAUAAGAGUUGAGAAAGGGAUUCUUCUUAUAAUUAGUUUGGUGUUGAGCAUUACAAAAUAUUGGCAAUUGGAGGCAUGCUUCUGUGGGAGUGAGAAUUAACUGAGGGGCAUGAUAUUCCAGAAAAUGCAUGGACCAUUGGCUGUGGGCAAUUAGUUUUAUAUAAUUGAACCUGGCCUCUUAACCAGCAGUCUCAAGGAAGUUCUUGCUGGUUGGAAUCAUAUGAAGUUUAGGCAUCCUAGUUUCCAGCUUACAAACCCAUGCCAUGUUUUCUUGCCAACUCCUCUCCAAUUUGUGACAUCUCUGAAGUAAAAUCAUAUCUUUCAGGAAUCUUUAACUUUGAUAUUGGCUGUGGUCUUUAAUUUUUAACAGUUGCUUGGAACUGCCUAUUGAGUUUGUUGUUGUUGUACCAUUUAUAUUGUAAUCAAGGCUACCAAACUCCUUAAUUCCCUCAGUCUUCCCUUCUUCAGGUCUUUAAAGCCCAAACUUAGGUUCAACUAACCACAGCUUCCUGAUUUUCUUACUCUUCUUUCCUCUUUGACAUUUGGUGUUCCCCUCCACUAAGGGCCUUUUGGUUUUUAUUUAACUAAAUAUUUCACGGCACAAAAUUGAUCUCCUGUUAAUUCUGUGGAGCAUCUCUUUAUUCUGCCUAUAACUAGAAACUGAAAUGUACCUUUUUUAAAACAGAUUAAAUAGUAGCUGAUGUUAGGCUCACUCGAGUAUCGUGGCAUCUUUUUACAUUCUUGUGGGGAUAUGCCAUUAGUCUGCUCUCCUUUUGUGCAGCUUUUGUGCCCUAGCUUUUCCCACACUAUUUUACACUUUUUUUUCAAUUCCUCUCCAUUCGCUUAAACUCCCUCCCUUGUUGCACUCUAUAGAGCAUUGAGGUUUGUGUAUCUACCAUCCACGUGACUGUGGUCACCAGCACUGCUGCUGUCUGCAAUAUAGGCGUGUAUUAUUAUUUUGUACUUUUGCUGAGCCCUACAAUGAAGUAACAAAACUCCCAGCCCAUGAGGCUGGAAGUUUUGAGUGCCAUGCAACCAUGUGCCUCAAAUCAGUAACCAUGACACCUUAAAGGGGGCUCCUUAAAAAGCAUGUCAGCAGGAUUUUUCUGAUAUUAAUACAUUCUGCCGAAAACUCUGUCUCGAAUGACUGGAGCUUGGUCUUGUGAAACAGAAACACCUGACUAUCCAAUUCAAACUUAGCGGAGUAAUUGGCAGUUAUACCCACUUAACUAAACAUCUUUAUUUCUGAAAUGAUCUCAUUCAAGGUGAGCUCCAUUCCCUCCUUUUACCAGCCUUACUUUGUUUUGAAAAUAGUAUAAGUUGAAGGCCAGUCAAACACCUCACUUAUUCCCAACCAAGUGCCAAGGGUUAACUUGGCUUUGCCUGUCACUCAAAUCUGCCUUUCCUUGGAACAAUGAAUCUUGGUGCCAUGUAGCAGCAGGACAUAGGAAUCACUUGUUGAAAUGCAAUCCCAUCUAUGACGCUAAGACCUACCAGUUCUUGUAAAAUGACAUUGGCUACAGCCUAAUGAGGUCUCACCAACCUGUCCUCUUGUUGGUUAUAAAGAGAACAAGUAAAAAAAAAUGUUUGCACCUUUUUGUAAAAUAAAAUUUCAAAAGCUUGUCUUAUUUUGGAUUAGCUGAGCCUUGUUUUGGAAAUGGGUCCCCCUGUUGAGGAGCUUAAUUCUUGAGUUGAAACUUUAUUGGCUGCUCCAGUGCAGCAAUCCAGGCCAACUCGCAUCUUAAGUUUGUUCAAAGAAUGAGAAAUUGAAUAAACUGGAGCCAAGGAAACAAAUUAAAAUUAGCUUAAAAGUAAAUUUGAAACCUUAUAAAGUAAGCAUUUCCAGCACAAAUGUGUUCAGUUACAUCAUUCAAACAUUAGGCUGUGUUCUGUCUUUAAUAAUAUAAACCCUACACUAUAUAUUUUCCAUAUUUGUUUUCUAUCAAAAUUGUGAGUCUUGAUAGUGAGUUGACGCUGGUUGUGUCUUGGUCCUUGUGUUCCUACUUUCUCCUGUUUGUAGACAAUAAGCAGACUAUAAAAAAAUUAAGGAAGAAUAUAUUAAAUUAAAUAUACACUCUAUUAAAAAGCCUGGCGCUUUUGUGAUUAUACGGCUGGGGGGGAGCUAGUUUUUGGCAUGUCAUUGAGUAGUGAUUUGUUUGCAACUCUUAACAGGCAGACCUCAAUUCAAAUGUCAAGUCUCUUGUUCUUCAAACAAAUGCUUUAUGUAUUUAAAUUAUUGUUCCAUUUUUAUGUAUUCAAAAGUGUGUUCUCAAGAAUGUGCAAUUUUUUGUUACAAAUGACUGCCUCGACAAUUAUUUACUGCUUCCUACUGUGUAAAUUAUGUUGCCAAAUAAAUGUUUUAUUAGCAUUAAA